AUGUGUCGCCGCGCCGUCGUUGCUGCACCGCCUGCAUCUGCUGUCUUGCUGGGCUCCGGCUCCUCCGGCGCGGACGCGGCCCGUGUCAUGGAGAUGCAGCCUCUGCCGACCUUGCCGCUGGAGGCUGAACGUGGGCGCAGCGUCGCGCGACACCCCUCACCACGCGCUGCCCGGCGUCGGUCUCAGGAGAGCCUCACGCCACCAGUCUCGCCUCCGCUGUCGCCAACUACCGUCCUUCCGCCGUCUCCGAGGUCCAUGAGGAAUGAAGCCCGGUCGGCUGCGCUUGUGCCGAACAUGCCAAGCCCGGCGCUGCUCAAGCUUUGCUCGCCCCAGAUGCUGCUGCUGCCUGUUCCGUCGCCUUCCAGGCCGCCGGGGUUUGAGGCCUCCCCAACGCCACCCCUGUUGUCCAGUGGGCUGCUGCGCCGAACUCCUUCGCCUGUGCGGCAUCGUAGGGCUGUUGUCGGUGCGGUCGGCCUCCAGUGCCUUGCACCCCUGUUUGAAGAUCGCCAGGAAGCCAUCCUGCCCACACCCACCCCUGCUCCAACGCCACCCCGAGCCCCUGCUGCACGCAGGAAAACCAUGGCUGGUGUGACCAUCUCCAGGGUUGGCGGUGCUCUUUCGCUGCACAAGACGUGGGCGGCAAGCCGCCCCAGGGCCACGCCGGUGGCUACAGCGGCAGAAAUUCUGGUCUGUCGCUCCCUCGGCAUCGUCAAGGAUGGUGAGGACGUGACUGCUGCAGCCCUUGAUGCCUUCGCGGAGCGCUUCAAAGCGCACCUGUCGUCGGAGGUGAUCACGGCCAUGAGGGGGCUUUUUAAGCUGGACGACGCGAAUGCGCAUGCUGUGGAGGAGGCCCUCCUGUCGCAUGGUGGGGGUGGCGCGCUGGACCUGGAGAGGGCCGAUGAGGAGGCCGAGCUCCAGCAGGCUGCAACCUAA